CUGUUAAAUGUUAAUACAUUUUUUUUAGUUAUAAAAGGAGGACAGAACCCUAAUAUAACUAAGAAAAAAAAAUUGAUUCGAAAUCGGAUUUUUAAUGUUUUCAGAGCACCUUUAAUCCUUAAGCUAGAGGCUAAGGGACAAAUGUUAAUACAUUUCGAAAUGUAGCUGUACCGACAGUUUCUUAUUUACUAACUUACACUUUCAAAAACAAGUAAUAGGAUCUGAAUCUGAUCAUUUAAAAUGAACGGUCAUUCCCAUGAAUUAUGGAGAAAAAGUCGGUCUGAAUUUAGUUGAGACAAGUAGACAAACCCCAUUUGUAGAUGCUUCUGUAAGCAGCAGUAUGGUUCUUUAAUUGACGUGAUUUAUGCUAAAGAUCCCUAUCUUCUUUUCUCUUUCUGUCCCAUUUCUCACUAUACAUUUAAGCACUUGAAACUUCAUUUCUCUUCCCAAAAAACCCGCUUCACCUUCACAUCUCUUCUGUCCUUUACUUCUUCUCUGGUUUCUCUUCAUUUUCUUUGUUAAAAUGACAAUGGCUACUUCAUUCUAUCUUCUUUUUACCCUGCUGAUCUCUGGGUGUGCUUUGGGUCCUAAACCUUUUGUUUCAGCAAAAAGAGGUGUUAGACCUUUUGGUUCAGCAAAAAUCGCUACUAAACCUUUUGAAGGAUACCUUGAAAAUGGCAACUUUGAGGAAAAGCCAAAACCAACAGACAUAAAGAAAACUGUACUUCUAGGAGAACAUGCUCUUCCCAAAUGGAUUAUCAAAGGGUUGGUCGAGUACAUCACUGGUGGGCCGCAGCCCGGUGGCAUGUUUUAUGCUGUUGCUCACGGUGUCCAUGCUGUAAAGCUUGGGAAUGAGGCCUCAAUUUCUCAAACAAUACCAGUAAAACCAGGCACCCUUUAUGCACUAACAUUUGGUGCAUCAAGAACUUGUGCACAAGACGAGGUGUUGAGAGUUUCAGUGCCUACUCAGUCAGGGGACCUCCCUCUGCAGACCUUGUACAGUAGCUAUGGUGGUGAUGUUUAUGCCUGGGGUUUUAUAGCCAAAUCCAAGUAUGUUACAGUAACAUUCCACAACCCAGGCAUUCAAGAGGAUCCUACCUGCGGUCCCCUGUUGGAUGCUGUUGCUAUUAAGGAGCUUGUCCGUCCACUUCCUACCAGAGAUAACCUGGUGAAGAACAAGGGCUUUGAAGAGGGUCCUCACCGCCUAGUCAACUCUACAAAUGGUGUCUUGCUCCCUCCUCGACAGGAGGAUUUCACAUCUCCACUCCCAGGCUGGAUAAUCGAAUCACUUAAAGCUGUGAAGUUCAUUGAUUCAAAGCACUUCAAUGUCCCAGUUGGGAAUGCUGCAGUUGAGCUUGUUGCAGGGAGAGAAAGUGCCAUUGCCCAGAUUCUCAGGACUGUCCCCAAUCAAUUAUAUAACCUCACAUUCAUCAUUGGAGAUGCUCGUAAUGGUUGCCAUGGAAAAAUGAUGGUGGAAGCAUUUGCUGCCAAAGAUACCGUCAAAGUUCCCUUCACAUCUCGAGGAAAGGGUGAAUUCAAGACUGCAACCUUGAAGUUCAAAGCAGUUACAGCCAGGACUAGGAUUACAUUCUUCAGCUCUUACUACCACACAAGGAUUGAUGACUUCGGAUCUCUUUGCGGCCCUGUUCUGGAUGAAGUUCAUGUUUCCCCUCUUGCUUAGAUGCCAAGUUUUGCCAGCACUACAGCAUUUAAUCUUAAGUAAAGGAUUUUGCAACGGUUAUUGGGUUUCAUAUUUGUAUAUUUGAGGCACCCUUUAAGCUGUCUAAGCCUUGUGGAGAUUGAAAACCAUUUUAUGUUUAAAAAGCCUUUCUAAUGCACCUAUGCAUUAUGAACAUGGCUUUUCUAAUAGCUAAGAGCAGCCAUUAAGGUUGUCCUUCUCAUAGCAGCUCAUGACUUUGAUGAGAAGAUGCAAUAAUUAAUAGAUUCAUAAGGAUUUACUUUCACAAGCAUGUCCAGCAGAUGACUUAACCUCAGCUAGAAAUCAAAAACAUUUUGUAACUUAAGACUACAUAGAGAUCCACAGCAGGUGAGAUCAAAACAUCAAACAGAAUUCUUCAUUCAACAUAAAAAUUGAGUUUCAAUGUCACCAAAUCAUCAG